AUGACAGAUAAACAACAGAAAUAUCCUCGUGAGUUGGGUACGCGGAUAGAUCAUGAAACUUCAACAUAUAAUGAUAUAAAAGUCAAUGAAAAUAUUGAAAGCAAUGCCGAAGCAACGGAUAACAAAAAUGAGGAUGAUAGUAAUGAAGAAGAUGAAGAUGUCGAUGAUGAGGAAGAUGACGAAAGUGAUGCAGAUACUGAUGAUUUGAGUGAUUUAAAACAAACUGAUUCUGAAGAAGAAAGUGAAAGUAUACAAACAAAAAAAAAUCAAACUAAAAAAAGUUUAGAUAGAGUUGCUGAAAAUGGGGAAAGUGAAAAAAUUAAUCAACUUAAACAAAACUUGGAAGUCGACUUACCUUUUACCGUAGAUAUGCCUACUACAUAUAAACAAUUUAGUACUUUAAUCGGCAAUCGGAAAGCUGCUGAGCAGGCUACUAUAAUCGAGCGUUUAAUCAAAUGCAAUCAUCCAAAACUAAUUGGAGUUAAUCGUGAGAAUGUAGUCAAACUAUUUGCUUUUUUGCUACAGUAUAUAAAUGAAAUGUUCGCCGACGCAACUCAGGACAACAUAGCGACACAGUUCGCGAUACUCGAUAAAUUAAAUCCAUAUUUAUAUGAUUUAGUGCACUUAAAUCCAGAAAAAAUGUCAGUUUUGUUGUUCAAUGUUAUUAAAGAAAAAUACGACGAAUUUCGUAAGAAUUCUAAAGUUUUCCCGGGUUUGGAAACAGCAAUUUUCUUAAAAUUAGUAUCAAAUUUCUACUCAACAUCGGAUUUUCGACACUGUAUAGUAACACCAUGUUACAUUAUUAUACAGCACAUAUUAUCAAAAGCUCGUGUGCGUACAUGCCAGGAUAUAUCUAUAGGCUUAUUUUUAGUAACCAUUGCAUUGGAAUUUUCUCAACAUUCUAAACGUUUUUUACCUGCUGUUUUCAAUUAUCUACUUGGUAUGCUCUAUCUAAGCAUACCAAAGCGACCGGUUGAAGUAUUCAAAAUACUACCACCAUUUCAAAGUUCUGGACCAAUGAGCAUCAUAUUGGCUAUACCGAAUGAUUUAAAAGAUGAAAAUAUAACAGAUGAAAUGAUGCUAAGCUUAGACUUGGUGACGACGACAUUUUCAACUGAGUUUAAAAUUCGUGCAUUGAAUACAACGCUUAAGUUAAUAGAGGAUGCCAUAAAUAAUAUAGGCGACACGAUAGGAUCAAACUAUAUAGCAGAGAAACUUUUAGAAAUGUUAGAACGUCUACCGGUUAAAUCAUAUCCUACUUUUGUUCAUAAAAAUUAUGACUCGGCUAUGGAAGCCGUAAAAGUAGUGGCUGGAAAGACUUUAACGAAAAUUGUACCACCAGAGAAACGACCAAGAGCUUUACGUUUACUGGAACCACGUAUUGAAACUGUAUACGAUGACAAGCGACGACCUAAGCUGUCUAAGGAAAAAGAAGAAAGAGCUAAGCUUAUGCAUAAACUUAGACGAGAAACCAAAGGUGCAAUACGUGAGAUACGUAGAGAUACAGAAUUCAUACAAAAUAUGCGCAUACGACAACAGAUACAAAGUGAUAAGGAACGUCAUGAGAAAGUUAAACGCAUUUAUCAAGAAGCUUCUGUACAACAAAGCGAACUUAAUGAGUUAUCGCGUGCUAAGAAAAAGAAGAAAUUUUAAAUGUACUGAACUAGGGUUAAUUAAGAUAUAUGUUUAUGAGAUAAUUUAAAUGAUUAUCAACUAUAGAUAAUUUGAAAUGAUCAGAAUAGAAAGAAUGGAGAGAUAAAGGAUGGUUUCGGACGUUCACGAUAUUAGUUUUUGGAAUUACAAAACUAGUUUCUAAUUUAUAUACUAAUUAAAAUUAGUAUAUUUUCAUACUAACAAUAUAAUUAUGCAUUCAUAUUAUGUUAUAAUCCAAGCUCAAUUCUGUUAGAGUAUUUAUAAAGUAAUUAUUAAAUAAUUAUCCUAACUCAGAUCUGAAGAAUUUUCUCCAGUAAGUAACAGUUAUUGUUAGUACUUUUGCAUAAGCUGCAAAUC